AUGAAGGGGCUGAGCCGCCUCCUCCGCGCCGGGGAGGAUGCCGCUCAGGGAGCCGCGGCAGCCAGCCACGACGGCCUGUUGCCAGAUGAGAGAGAAUUUCAAUAUGCUGCUAAAAUGAACAAUUUGGAAACCAUGGAAAAGCUGCUUAAAAAGAAUGUUAAUAUAAAUGCUGUCGAUUCUCUGAAGCGCACCGCGUUCCAUUUUGCUGUUGCGAGAAGUCAUAUAUCGGUGGUGGAUUUUCUUCUCCAUCACAAAGCUAGACUUGAUAUGGCAGAUCAGCAUGGCCUGACGGUGAUUCAUCUUGCAGCUUGGACUGGAAAUCUGGAUAUAAUGCGUAAAUUAGUUAAAGCAGGCGCUGAUCAAAAGGCUAAGAAUGAGGAAGGAAUGAAUGUACUGCACUUUGCAGCUCAGAACAACAGCGUUAGAAUAGUUGAUUAUUUUCUCCAAGAUCUUCAUCUGAAUGACUUGAACAAGCCUGAUGGGAAAGGUAAAAAGCCAUUUCUUCUGGCAUCUGAAAAAGGCCAUGUUGACAUGAUAAACAAUUUGAUUACUCUGAAGCUGUUUACAUCUGAAAAAGAUAAGGAGGGAAACACAGCAUUGCAUCUAGCAGCCAAAAAUGGUCACAGCAAAGUUGUAGAAAUUCUGCUUGAACAGUGGGAGGAAAUAAACGAUCUCAAUCAGAAUGGAGAAACUCCGUUUUACUUGUCUGUUGAAGGAGGUCAUGAAAAAUGUGCUGAACUCUUACUGGAAGCAGGGAGUGACAUCGAUGUUUUAACUCAAAACAAUAGCAGUGCUUUGCAGAUUGCAAUUCAGAAGAGAUAUCUGUCCUUGGUCACUUUUCUUCUUGAUAAGAAUAUUGACCUGGUCCCUAAACCUGAGCAGAAGAAUUCCCCUCUCCAUUUAGCAGUCAUCAGUAAUCAUCUACCGGUGGUAAAAAGCCUCUUGGAUGCCAAUCAUGAUAUAAACUCCUUAAAUCAUAGGCAGGAAACCCCUCUACAUCUGGCAGCUGAUCUUGGCAAUGUGGAGCUGGUGGAAGUGCUGCUGAAGGCAGGCUGCGAUCUCAAGACCUUGGAUAAGCAUGGAAAAACUGCACUAGCUGUGGCAUCAAGGAGCAAUCAUGCCCUCAUUGUAGAUAUGAUCAUUAAAGCAGAAAGGUAUUACGCCACGAAAGAGGAACGUCUAGCUCAUAGUGAUGAUGGGUCAGACUUCGGCUUGUCCUUCAAACAAGAUCAUAGUACACAGACCAAGCAAAUCCGUUCCUCCCUGUGGAAUCUAGCAUACAACCAGUUAAAACCCCAGGAAUGGAAAAAACUGGCCCUGUUCUGGAAGUUCACAGAUGAACAAAUUAAAGCUAUUGAAGAACAAUGGACAGGGAAAAAAAGUUAUAAGGAACACGGAAACAGAAUGUUGCUCAUCUGGUUACAUGGUAUAUUGCUGGCUCAUCAGAAUCCUGUCAAGCAUAUAUAUGAAGAUCUGGUGGAAGCAGGAUUUCAGCCUUUAGCUGAGAAGAUCAGAGCCACAAGUAGCACUGACACAGACUCCAGAAAAUGUGCAAUUUCAUGACUUCAU